AUGAUCGCUCUUGAAUGUUGUACACUGUUGAAAAUUAUUCGUGUGAAGCACUUAUUUCUUAUCUUGCUUGCGAUCACUUUGGCGUUGUUGGGAUUAACUACCUUUCACUUCAAACUGGUACCACUUUGGGCAUUGCAUCUGAAUGCGGAUCACAUUACUUUGCCUGGUGACGUUUUAUGGGACUUAGCUACUCGAGAUGCGCCCUCUCAACUCGCAUCAAUUCUCGUUGUGAUCCACAAAAGCCCAUCUGAGAACAGUAGCACUCUUGUUACUUUUCGUCUGCCCAACUUCGGUCCUGAUCUGCGCAACGAAGAAUCGGACGAGGGGAAAUACCAUCAGCUACGCAAACUCACGCCGGCAUCUCACGCUCAGCUUCCAACAACUAAUAUAUUAUCCCUAUCUACCGUAUUUUGGAACGAUAGUUUGGUAAGUCUUUGCGAAGUUCACUUGAUUUUCUCCCGUUAUAAAUUAUAA